AGCGGGGAUGAGUCUAGUGGGCGGCUUCCCCCACCACCCGGUGGUGCACCAUGAGGGCUACCCUUUCGCUGCCGCCGCCGCCGCCGCCGCCGCCGCCGCCACCCGCUGCGGCCACGAGGAGAACCCCUACUUCCACGGCUGGCUCAUCAGCAGCCACCCGGAGAUGUCCCCCCCCGACUACAGCAUGGCUCUGUCCUACAGCCCUGAGUACGCCAACGGGGCGCCGGGCAUGGACCACUCCCAUUACGGGGGGGUGCCGCCCGGGAACGGCCCGCCCGGGCUCGGGGGGCCCCGGCCGGUGAAACGCAGGGGCACGGCGAACCGCAAGGAGCGGCGCAGGACUCAGAGCAUCAACAGCGCCUUCGCGGAGCUGAGGGAGUGCAUCCCCAACGUGCCCGCCGACACCAAGCUCUCCAAGAUCAAAACCCUCCGUCUGGCCACCAGCUACAUCGCCUACCUCAUGGACCUGCUGGCGAAGGACGACCAGAACGGGGAGGCGGAGGCUUUCAAGGCAGAGAUCAAGAAGACAGACGUGAAGGAAGAGAAGAGGAAGAAAGAGCUGAACGAAAUCUUGAAAAGCACAGUUAGCAGCAACGAUAAGAAAACCAAAGGGAGGACUGGCUGGCCGCAGCAUGUCUGGGCUUUGGAGCUCAAGCAGUGAGCACGGCAGGACUGGAGGAGCCUUCCUCUUAGUCUCGGUAGUGAGCUCUCCUCUGAGGACUCUUUGCAUUUGGAAUCAUCCAGUUUAUUUAUGUGCAAUUUCUCCCCCAACCCCCCAAAAUGUGGAUAUUUGAAGGAGAGGGAAAAAGCAUUCCAUAUAUGAAGAGGAAACUCCAGCUUGGUAAGGGGUAAUGUCUCUAAAUGUUUUGUGAAUGUUAUUUGCUCUGUAUAAAACACGUGGGGAAAGCAGAACCAUAGAAAAAGAAAAAUCAUCCCUCCCUGGCAUUAGUGUGUAUGUGAAGUGUAUCUUUAAUACUUGGCCUUUUGGAUAUAAAUAUUCAUGGGAUUAUAAAGCUAUAUUUCAACAGAAGCAGUUGCACCAAUGUUUCGAUUGACUCGGUAUUUAGUGUUGUAAUUUUGUUGUGGUCGUUCGGUAUUUGAAGAUGUUUUCAACAGUUACUGGUUAUGUGCACUUCCGUCCGUAAGGGAAAAAGUGGAAUCUAAUUAAUAUUGAAGGUGUAAACGUUGUAAGUACUCAAUAAACCACUGUGUGUGUUUUUUACAAAACAAAAGAAAAAAAUAAGAAAAAAGGAAAAAAAAAAAAAGAAAAUCCAAAUCUUUUUAUGUUUUAUACCUCAAAAUGUUUUGAAUAACAGCGUUGUUUAUGGCUUUU